AUGGCUUCGACUCCCGCCACGUUUUACGAGCAGUUACCGCUCCCGACGCUCGAUCGCCCUUUCGGCGUCCAUCUAUGGCCUCUCUUUGAUAAGCUCUUCACGGCCGUCGCUGGCUUCUCGGCCAAUGACUUCAAGUUUGUGCCUUUCGAGACUCCCAUGUCUACGCUCAAGUCGACUUCCAUCUUCAUUGUCAUCUACUACUUCGUCAUCUUUGGCGGUCGAGAGCUGAUGCGCAACCGCGAGCCCUUCAAGCUCAAGGCUCUCUUCCUCAUCCACAACCUCUACUUGACCGCCAUCAGCGCCGGUCUCCUGGCUCUCUUCAUUGAGCAGAUCCUGCCCACUGUUGUCCGCAAGGGUAUCUUCUUCGCCAUCUGCGACCACGACGGUGGCUGGACUCAGCCCAUGGUCGUUCUCUACUACCUCAACUACCUCACCAAGUACCUUGAGCUGCUCGAUACCGUCUUCCUCUUCCUCAAGAAGAAGCCAUUGACCUUCCUCCACUGCUACCACCACGGUGCCACCGCUCUUCUCUGCUACACUCAGCUGAUUGGUCUGACUUCCGUCUCUUGGGUCCCCAUUGUCCUCAACCUGACUGUGCACGUUGUCAUGUACUGGUACUACUUCCAGAGCGCACGUGGCGUCCGAAUCUGGUGGAAGGAGUGGGUUACUCGUCUCCAGAUCAUCCAAUUCAUCAUCGACCUGGGCUUCGUCUACUUUGCCUCUUACACCUACUUCACCUCCACCUACUUCGACUGGAUGCCCAAUGCUGGCAAGUGUGCCGGUGAGGAGUUUGCUGCCUUUGCCGGCAUCGGUAUCCUCAGCUCAUACUUGGUUCUCUUCAUCUCCUUCUACUUCGCCACCUACAAGAAGGGCGGUAAGGGUUCCACUACUCGCAAGUCCCUUCGCCGCAUGAGCCAGGCUCCUCUGCCCGACCCCGUCCACAUGGCUGCUACCAUGGGCACCAAGUCCAAUGGAACCACCACUGGUGCCAAGACCAACGGUGCCACCGCCCGAUCCCGCAAGGCUUAA